CCACAGCUCACACAGUGUACAGCAGACUCCGGCACCGCUCGCAGGCGCUUUGACAGACAGCAGGGCUGCUUGGACAGUAAACACACCUCCACACCCGAGAUAAUCUAGUUUUUCGACACGAGGUCUCGCAAUACUCGCCUUUCACAAACAUCCAGCAGACUGACGAGGUUGGUGUCCCGCCUUGCAGGUGCUGCCAGCUAUGCUCCUGAUAACACAGAACUCUUUUUUUCUCUCUUGUCUGGCGCAGAAACCUAAACAUUUAAGUACUCCUGAAUAGCGACACCUUCACAGAUGUCGGUUUAGUUAUACAACGGAUUUUACUUUCAUCGCCGAUUGCCACGUGCAGAGGUGUUAAUUCUUCAACAACGAAUCGCAUGAUUAAACUCUUUUUUUUUCAAACUUUUGUUUUCAUUCAAACAUUUAGGAUCGGCUUGGCAUUCGAUUUAUUCAUUAUUUACCAGAGUGGAUUUUUUUUCUUGCGCCAGACAUACCGCGAGAGAGGAAUAAAAAAGAAAGUUGCGGCUGAUUGAUUGACAGUCAAUUUAGUUGCCGAGCCGCCAUCACAAAGGAAGGAGAGUCUGCUGACUGACUUUGUACACUUCUCACCAACAUGUGGCACUGGAAUCGUCGCUAGAGCCAACAUCCUUCACAACCUGGAGCUGCAAACUAUUUGGCAAAAUAGCUGGCAAAAUAUUAUUGGCAAUUUGUACAGCGCUCGGGCCUGGCGUACCUACUUCAAGCAACCAUUGCCGGCAACGCUGGCAACCGCAAUACUUUUAUUGCCGAGGCAGUACAUAAACACAGAUAUUUACCGCAGCUUGUGAAAGGGAAUUCACGUGUUUAUGAGCAAAGCACGUGCAGUAGAGAAGCAGACUUUUAGUGCGGUUCCAUCGCGAAAUGUUUUUUGGACAAUGCGUGCUUUUUUGUUUUUUGGUUUGGACAUUUUGCGACAGGAUAAGAGGAUUCUCGUGCAGGCGAGGGCUGGUUAAGUUAGAAGUGGAAUCUUUUGAACCGCAUGUGAAGAAAACACGGCUUUGUUUACGCAACUGACGAGAUUCUGGGUGAAAACAUCGUUUGCUGCGGAUCACCAAAACGGUUUCCUGGUCCCCCACUGCGAGGGGCGAGACGAUGGAGAGUCUGUGAAACUAAGACUUUUUGGAUAAAGUUAUAGCAAAGGUGUGCGAAGCUUCAUCAUGGUGUGGCCAUCAGACAUGGUAUGAGAUUUGCAGGAGAACCUUGGCAUCACCUGAGUAACGACCAAGCUGAGGUGUGGAACCAGGAGGGACGAUCGCUUCCUCACAAUGGCUGUUGAAGGAGAGGCUUGAGUCAGGGAGGAUCAUCGUCUUGGGACUGUGAGGACUCGGGGUGGCUGACUGCUUGGAUGGUACAGCAAGACAUCUUUCUCCGGUUGCAGCAUGUGACAGAGCCAGGCGGAUACGUAUCCCAACAGCCCCUACGAGGGCAGUUGCGAGAAUGAGAGUGGCGUCCCUUGGGAACACGUUGCAGCACCUGCGCCGCGAGGUCUUCCUCUUCACACACGUCAUUCUGGUCUCCAUGGUAACAGCGUUCACAGAAAAGAGUAUGGGUGUCACCAUGGACCCUGACAUACCCGUCUUUCUACCCCGCCCCAACAACGUGACUUUCCACAGAGGCGACACCGCGCUGCUGCCCUGCGCCAUCGAGAACGUCGGCACGAAGACGAUCAUCUGGAGGCGGGCGUCGGAUCCAAACCCUCUGACCAUCGGGCAACUGGUUUACGUCAACGACGACCGCUACUCCAUCCACAGCGUGCCGCAGCGCAAGGAGUGGAACCUGCUCAUCAGAAACGUGCAGCAGGCUGACGGCGGCGUGUACGAGUGUCAGAUCAGCAGCCGCUACAAGCUCAUCCACCACAUCCUCCUCAGGGUCAACAUGACCAUCCGGCCAGAGCGUGAGCAUUAUGACAACUUCAAGACAGUUCAGUCCACACCUCGAGUCGAGAAUGAACCAGCCAUCUUUAUGUCCGGCACGAAGUUUGUGGAGAAAGGUGACUCCAUACACCUGAUCUGCAACGCCUCCGGUCAGAACUACCCGCCGGAGGACCUGGACUGGUUCAAGGAUGGGGUGAAGAUCACGGCGGACGGCAUCCGGCAGAUCACGGUGGACAAGUUCCGCGUGCAGUCCACCAAGACGCUGGUCAGCGUGCUGGACAAGAAGUACAGCGACAUGGGCGACGCCGGCACCUACGUCUGUCGCAGCAGCAACAUGGGCGUCACCAGCAUGAAGGUUCACGUGCUCAACGGUGAGAAGAUGAUUUUGACGACGAUGACGAUGAUGAUCCGUUACUUACCCACACAUGAAAUAUGAAAUGAAGCAUUGAUUCUUUGAGCAGCCCUCCCACAGAAAGCAGUUGACAUAUGUUAUUUUCCUACGAAUCUGUUUUAUCUUCUUUGAUUUUUCUUGCUAACGUACCUCCGUAGAUUAUUCUAAUUUGCAUAACGUCCUCACUGUAUAUUGCCCUAUCCUAACUAUUCUCCCUGAAGUCUCAAAUAUAUGUCUAAAGUAUUUUGUCCAUAUUGUUCGCCACCACCACUCCCAUCCUAUCCCCUACACUGAUUUCGUCUCUUUCACAUACUCUACGUCUCUU